AUGGGACGUCUUAGUAGCGGCUACUGGGCACUAUUGGUCGGAGCUACCUCCGCUGUGAGGUUCGACAUCGUACCCGAUAACACAGGUAUAGACAGUCUCGGGGAGUCUCAACUAGCCUCUGAACAAUCAAACUCCUACUGGGCCGCAUCCUUUGUCACAGCUUCCAAUGACCGUCAGUAUGCAAUCAUGUCUCAGCAGAUGCCAACCGGUGCCGGCCAGAGUAUCUUCCAGUCAUCCAUCCUGGAUCUCGAAGACACCAGCAACUACUGGCUGACGGCUGGACUCGCGCCGCUGCAGGGAAACCUGACGAUCAAGAAUGGCCUGCUUGACAUCGAAGUUGAAGGCUCUGCCUUCAAGAGCGCUUCAAGUGACAGCUUCUCGUCAUUGAACACGUGGGGUAAGUACGACACAUACGCGUUCAACCUCACCUUUGACGCCUCCUCGCCUGUUAUGCUCAACGGCGGCGGCUCCUUCACCAUCAACGGAACCACGCUCGAGGUUGACCCCACGAAAUCUCUGACCUGGUACGACCGCCAGCACGGCGCCGGCGGCCCCAACAACUUCACCUGGUUCGGGCUCAACUUCCCCAGCGGUAUCAGAGCCAGUAUCUGGUACUCCGAUACUGCAGAGCCGAGUCAGCAACUGCGCUUCGCCACCAUUCGUGCCGAGGACGGGCUUCACAUUGUCCGCUUCAAGAUGGUUCCCGGAAAUGCGACUACUUGGACGUCCCCAGUCACGAACACGACGUACGCUCAGGACUGGAAGCUCUUCUUCGACAACGGUGAUUCCCUUUCCAUCAAGAGCAUUCGCCAGGAUCAGGAGAAGGGCUCAGGCGCGGGUAGGUUCUACAGCGGAGUCGUGGAGGCAGAGGGAAGUCUUUUCGGCCAGGAGAAGGGCUUUGGCUUUGUGGAUAUCGUUCCGAAGCUCAGCUUGUAG